AUGUCACCGAUCCAAACGCAGAAAAUUACGGUUUCUAGACCCUAUCCUUUCAGUCUAGGGAAUAUAAUUGAUACAUUGAAUAGUUGGUGCGAAAACAAUAAAUCAAAAUUUAAUUUAUCACUAUUAUCUUUAGUUGAAGGUCAACAUUAUUUUAUUUCGAUAUUUGAUGAUCCAAGUGGUGUAUUAAAAGGUAAUAUAAAGUGCUGUUGUAAAAAAUUGUUAUCAUUGACAAUUUUUCGUGGUAAAUUUCAACUGUCGAACUUCUACAGACAUUUACAAGACUUUCGUAAUGGUAAUACAUGUAAUACAAUAAAAGAAAUAAGAAAAACUCAUCAAUUAAUGUCAUCAACAACAGCAGAUAAUCAA